UGACUGGCUGCACAACUUGGUCGGCUGCUUCUGGCAAAAUCAUGACAACAGAGAAGAGUUUAGUGGUUGAGGCUGAAAAUUGUCAGCAUCAACAACAGAAGGAGGAAAGUGAAGGAACUACAAACUCAGGCCAGCAAGAAACUCAGCCAGAAGAAGGUUCCCAAGCAGCAGCUGAGGGAGAGAAUCAGUUUGAGCAGAAGCUGAAAGCAUCCAAUGGCGCCACUCCUACACAUGAAGACUUGACCAAAAACAAGGAGCGGACAUCAGAAAGCAGAGGCCUGUCUCGACUGCUCUCCUCCUUUCUCAGAAGGCCCAAAUCUCAGGUCUCUGAGGAAGAAGGCAAAGAGGUAGAGUCAGAUAAAGAAAAAGGUGAAAGAGGGCAGAAAGAGGUAGAAUUUGGAACCAGCCUCGAUGAAGAGUUCAUUUUAAAGGCCCCAAUUGCAGCUCCUGAACCUGAGCUCAAAACAGACCCAUCCUUGGACCUUCAUUCAUUAAGCAGUGCAGAAACACAGCCAGCUCAGGAAGAACACAGAGAAGAUCCAGAUUUUGAAACUAAGGAAGAAGAGGGACUUGAAGAGUGCUCCAAAACAGAAGUAAAAGAAUCUCCUGAGUCAAAAGCAGAAGGAGAUUUAAAAGCUUCCCAGAAAUCUGUCAGAAGACACAGAAACAUGCACUGCAAGGUCUCAUUGCUGGAUGACACAGUUUACGAAUGUGUUGUGGAGAAACAUGCUAAGGGACAAGAUUUGCUUAAACGAGUGUGUGAGCACCUCAAUCUUUUGGAAGAAGACUACUUUGGUCUAGCCAUUUGGGACAACACAACCUCUAAGACAUGGCUGGAUUCUGCCAAAGAAAUAAAAAAGCAGGUACGAGGCAUCCCUUGGAAUUUCACAUUUAAUGUAAAGUUUUAUCCACCUGAUCCAGCACAGUUAACAGAAGACAUAACAAGAUAUUAUUUAUGUCUUCAGCUUCGGCAGGACAUUGUUGCAGGACGUCUGCCCUGUUCCUUUGCAACCUUAGCAUUAUUAGGUUCUUAUACCAUCCAGUCUGAGCUGGGAGACUAUGAUGCAGAACUCCAUGGCAUGGAUUAUGUUAGUGAUUUUAAACUGGCCCCAAAUCAGACCAAGGAACUUGAAGAAAAGGUUAUGGAGCUGCAUAAAUCAUACAGGUCUAUGACUCCAGCUCAGGCUGACUUGGAAUUUCUGGAGAAUGCCAAAAAGUUGUCUAUGUAUGGAGUUGAUCUUCAUAAAGCGAAGGACUUGGAGGGAGUGGAUAUCAUUCUAGGUGUCUGCUCAAGUGGCCUUUUGGUUUACAAAGAUAAGUUGAGAAUUAACCGUUUUCCUUGGCCCAAAGUGCUGAAGAUUUCUUAUAAACGUAGCAGCUUUUUUAUCAAGAUCCGGCCUGGAGAGCAAGAACAGUAUGAAAGUACCAUUGGAUUUAAACUUCCCAGUUACCGAGCAGCUAAGAAAUUAUGGAAAGUCUGUGUAGAGCAUCACACAUUUUUCAGACUGACUUCUACAGACACCAUUCCCAAAAGCAAAUUUCUUGCCCUGGGAUCCAAAUUUCGAUACAGUGGCCGGACUCAAGCUCAGACCAGGCAAGCUAGUGCUCUAAUUGACAGGCCUGCCCCACACUUUGAACGUACGGCAAGCAAACGGGCAUCCCGGAGCCUUGACGGAGCAGCUAAUGAUUCUGCAGACCGAAGUCCUCGGCCCACCUCUGCACCAGCCAUUGCUCAGAGUGAAGUCACAGAAGGUGGUGUCCCAGGGGCACCUGUCAAAAAAACACAGAAGGAAACAGUGAAGGUUGAAGUGAAAAAGGAAGAAGAGCCACCUGUGCAACCUGAACCAGAGCCCACAGAAGCAUGGAAGGUGGAAAAAACCCACAUCGAGGUCACAGUAUUCACCUCAAAUGGUGACCAAACACAGAAGCUUACAGAAAAAACUGAAGAUCUGAUAAGAAUGAGGAAGAAAAAGAGAGAGAGACUAGAUGGUGAAAACAUUUAUAUCAGACAUAGCAAUUUAAUGUUGGAGGAUUUAGACAAAAGUCAAGAAGAGAUAAAAAAACAUCAUGCUAGCAUCAGUGAGCUGAAAAAGAACUUCAUGGAAUCUGUACCAGAACCACGGCCUAGCGAAUGGGAUAAACGCUUAUCUACUCACUCCCCAUUCCGAGCUCUUAACAUCAAUGGGCAGAUCCCCACAGGAGAAGGAGUGAAGAAAACCUCUAUCCUCCCCUCGGAAAGAAAGGUUGGUGGGCCAGAGAGUAUAAAUGGCAUUCGCACAGAGGAGGUGGCUGUCAUGACAAAAGGGCCUGCUAACCCUGACUCUGAAUGCAAGGGCCCCGAGCAGUCAGUAGUUCCUAGUCAGAGGCUAAUGGCCAUCCCAUCGGAGUCUCCACAGAGCUUUGACUUUGGCUGCCUCUCCAUAAGCAGCAAGGAGACAGAAGAGAAGGAGCAGGGGGCAGCUGGCUGUCUUGAUAUUAAGGAGAUGCCGAGAGGCCCAAGUGGGGAAUGUGCAGGAGUGGAGGAGGCCAGUACCUUAAAGUUCUCAGUAUCACCAGCUUCCGGUCAGCUGCAGCUUGGUGAAAAAAGGGCAGACAGUAGUGAAGAAACUGUUACACCAGGAGAGCCACUUGGAAAACAAAAUGGAUCGUUUCUUGACUCUCGUGUGGGUAACCAGUACCCCACCCUCAUUCGAAGCUUCCAGCCUCCACUGGUGAAGACUCAGACUGUCACCAUCUCAGACACUGCCAAUGCUGUGAAAAGUGAGAUCCCCACCAAAGAUGUCCCUAUUGUCCACACUGAGACCAAGACCAUCACGUAUGAGGCUGCCCAGACUGAUGACAGCAAUGGAGACUUGGACCCAGGAGUCUUGUUGACGGCACAGACCAUCACAUCUGAAACCACAAGCAGCACCACCACAACUCAGAUUACCAAGACUGUAAAAGGUGGGAUUUCAGAGACCCGGAUUGAAAAGAGAAUUGUGAUUACAGGAGAUGCUGAUAUUGACCAUGAUCAGGUCCUCGUGCAAGCCAUCAAGGAGGCAAAGGAACAGCACCCAGACAUGUCAGUGACCAAGGUGGUCGUCCAUCAGGAGACUGAGAUCUCUGAGGAAUGAGCUCAGGAACUAUCGUACCCCCAACUCCCUGCCCUUCUCCUGUCCAAAAGAAACCAGCAAAAUGAUUGGGAAGUCAACCUGCAAUAGUCAGUCUUCAGACUUGCAAGUUAUCCUAAACCACCAGAAAAUUAAUUUCAUUUUCUAUUUGGAGUUUAUAACAAGAGAUUCUUCUAGAUAUCACUGAUCCUUUUGAAGACCUUUUUCUAUAUUGUGAUACCAGAAAUUGUUCAGCUUCUCACUCUAUGGACGGGGUUUUUUUAUGGGGUAGUUUGUAACCCCUUCAACCUACCCUCUCCCCACUUAUUUCCAACCUAGAUAUGGACGGGGUCCACAGAAUUCUGCGGGAUCCUCCAGAGAUUCUGUCAAUUGUGUUGGAGGCCAAAAUCAGCACCAUGGGGCAUGUGCUCCUCCCCUAGUCUUGCACUCUUUGGAUGACAACAGAAACUUCAUGACCCAGCUUUUGCAGAACCAAUGAUAUGAUUUUGCUAGAAUGUCAGGCAGGUGACUGCCCUGAUCUGCAGCUCUCAGAAAAAAAUGUCCUGUCCUUUUGCCAGGCUGUUUUUGGUGAAGCUGAGACCUCUGCUGAGAAUGUAGUAUCGUUUUACCCCCGCCCCCCAACCUGCUCUUUCUGUUUUGGAGCUUCUUUAGGUCAGACAGAAGUUGCUUCAGAUAUAUCUGAUACUGUGAAUGUUUGAACGUAUCUGUGGCCUUUAUCUCCCCCUCUGCCCUUUUACCUCAUCAGAAGCAGUGACUCUGCCAUGCUUCCCCAAGCUCCCAUCUCAGGAGACCAAAACUCACGGAAAAAUAAGCACUUUUGGCCCAAAGUUCUAAUGAAACAUUUUAAUGGUGGUCCGGGGAAGGAAAGUUAAUGAGGUUUAAAAUAAGGUCUUCUUGUUUUGGGAAUGUGUACUUCACACGGGAAUUUUUCUCUGUGGCUGUGCCUCUUUCUCUUCUGGCAUGGUAACGGAAAUGGCUCAGAAAGGUUGUGUUCUUUGACCUUUUUUCUCUGCAGGGCACCUGCCUGAGGACACCCUCCUGGAGCAAGGGUGUUACGGGCUUAGGAGCCACCUUUCCCACAGGACACUGUGCGAAGGCCCCUGGUCUGCCCAUUCCCAUUCACCACCUGAGGUCCGCUGUUUUUUUUUGUUGUUGUUGUUCCAGAAAUUGAACUCUGGACCUUGUGCUUGCUGGGUUCUUUAGUCUUGAUUCUGUGUUGGGUUUUGGAUUUAGUUUAGUUUUUGUUUGUUUGUUUGUUUGUUUUCUUGGUUUUGAAAAUGAGGCCUCAUGUCCCCAAUUCAUGGUAGGGAUUUGGAGGCCUUUUUUAUGCAAUAGGAGUUCUCUAAUCUUCCAACUUGCUUCCUACAAACGAUCUGCCUGGAAGCGUCUUAGAAUCCUAAUUCGAGGCGAGAAAUGAACUUCAUGGAUUAAACAGUAGGUCACUGACAGCGAUUGCUGGGGGCUGAAGGGCAGUGAGCAUGAGAAGUCUAAAAGCCAGCCGUGCAGGGUCUCUGCUAGCUGAGAUUUUAGACAAACUCAGCUGGUUUGAACUGAUUUCAAGUGUGUUCAUUUUUCUUUAGUUCUCAUGUGAGACUUAACCAGGGAGCCCUCUCUCUGGAGGGGCAGGAGAGC